CAAGUAACUGAUUCUUUUGGGUAUAUUUUUUCCACAAAUAUUCCAAUUUUAUGAUUUAUUUUGGAUGAGAAUAAAGAAAUUUUUGAAGAGUUGAACUGUUAAAAGCCCCAAAAAGAAGUUUGGUCUUUAAAUGCAACUUGGACACAUCAGCAAAAUAUUUAUUAACUACUUCUUUCCCUUCAACACUGCCCUGUUUCAGGUCUCCUUAUUUUGCUCCCAUCUCUAUCAUCCUCUUGGUCCACAAUAAGGUAAAAAAGCAGCUUUGGGAGUCUUUUCCAUCAUCUCAGUCUAUUCAACCAGGGACUAAGAUUUUUGGGGAAUUUUUUUUUGAUUUAGAAAUUUGUUGAUUUUUCCUAUUUGCUAAUUUUUUUUAAUUAUUGAUAUUUUUUAUAUAUAUAUGGGUUUUUUUUUAAAAUUAGCUGGCAUAUUUGGUUUCUGACUUACUUUCUAAUAACAUUUUUCCAAGAGGAAGAGGGGAAAGGAGGGUUUGUCCCAUGAGGUUUGGUUCAUGUGAUAGAUGGGGACAAAAAGGGAAAAGCUUAAAUAAAAAGUGGGGGUAGUCCCAUGAGGUGAAAUCACUAAUAUUUUUAGGUAAAACUGCUAGGAAACAGAAUUUUCAUUGCUCAUAGUGAAGGGAAAGAGCAUAUUCUUGAUCACAGGACCCAGAGAUGGAGGCACCAUGACUUGGAUAAUUUUCAAGACCCAAAGUGUCUCAGUUUAGGUGGAGAAAAAACCUCCACUGAACUUUAAUAAUGAGGUAGAACCCAGAAAUUAAGGCAUGAUUUUAAUUAUGGUGCAUCUCAGGAGUUUCAAGCUGGAGCUGUGGAGGAGAGUCUCCAUAGAGUUUCCAUAAAUUAAAAAAAAUACAUAAUUUUGGAGAAGAAUUUUUUUAUAUUUCUCACACAAAAUGAUACCAAGUCCCCUGGCAUGAGGAAGAGACCAACCUGUCAUCAUCUGGGCAUGACCUGGAGCAUGUUGCUCCCCUGGAAACUCUCACAGAGGCACUGAAGGUCUGUUCUCCUGCAGGUCACAGCCUGGACAUGAAGCCGGAGGCACGUGUCGCCUGCCAGGUGAUGCUGGCAGCGCUCUUCACGGCUCUGCUUGUCACAGCCAUCACUUUUGCAGUGCAGGCUUUUCAGCCUCAUCCCCAGCCCUACUUUCAGUGCCCCUCCGACUGGAUCAAAUAUAGAGGAAAAUGCUACUAUUUUUCGGAGGCUGCAGGGAACUGGACAUCCAGCCAGGACAACUGCUCAGCACUUGGUGCUUCCUUGGCCAUCCUGGACAGCAUGGAAGACUUGAGCUUUGUGAUGAGAUAUAAAGGCAUUUCAGAGCAUUGGAUUGGCCUUUUGCGGAAAGAUGAGGAACAGCCAUGGCAAUGGGUGAACCACUCACUUUUAUCACACUUGUUUCAAGUCCAUGGUGGUGGGCUCUGCGCUUACCUGGAUGACAACGGGCUCAGCUCCUCCUACUGCAGCACUGAGAGGAGCUGGAUUUGUAAUAAACCUGAGCUGCAGAGCUCAGGCAAGGGCAAUGGGAUGAGACGGGCUAAAAACCUCUGUGUCAGCUCCUUGGGUGCUGAAGGGAGGGCUUCUCACACUCAGAUACCUGCUGCACCAAACCUCAAAAAGGCUUUGAAUCCUCUGCAUGACGGGUUCUUGAGGGUACCAGGGGACCAACAAGGUGUCGAUGGGAAAGGGCAACCUUUGGAGACCCAUGUAGGGCAGUCCUAGGGGAUCCUGG